CUACCUCUCCACCCUUCAACUCGUCCCCCGACAAGCCCUCGCCCACCCUCAACGUCAACAUCAAAGGUCAGGUCGAAGACGUUGUAGACGAGAUGAAGCACAACAGGAAGCACAAAGUAAAGCACGAAAAGGACUCCGAAGCGCACAGGAUCUUCCGUGAAAGUGCCGGCCAUGCGUCCAGGGGCCUUCCCCAGACGGUGAAUCCGGAUGAAGAGACGGUACCGGGCAUUCUGCACCCCGGUAGCACCGGUGUCAUCUACUGUUCUGACCGUGCUAUGGCCAACGGCUUCUCCUACACAUCCGUGCAUGAAUGGGCCAACCUCGGCCAGGGCGCCCCCGAAGUAGGCCAAAUCCCUGACGCCCCCCAGAAGCCCCAGGCCAUCCCUAUGCCCAUCGAAUCGCUCGAGUAUGCACCGACGACCGGUGUCAAAGCGCUUCGAGAGGCUGUGGCGAAAUUGUACAACUUAACGUACCGCCAGGGCAAGGUCAGCCAGUAUACCUAUGAGAACGUUUGCAUCGUCCCUGGUGGACGAUCCGGUCUCUCUCGUGUCGCUGCCGUCAUUGGGGAUGUCUAUACUUCAUAUCAAGUCCCCGACUACACCGCUUAUGAUCAAGUUUUGGGCGCAUUCAAGCGUCUUGUACCUGUCCCCACCACUCUCGAAGAAGAUGACGGCUACCGCUUUAACCUUUCGCAAGUCCGCAAAGAUAUCAGGACACAAGGCCUGCAGGUCAUCAUGGCGUCGAACCCACGCAACCCGACAGGGCAAGUCAUCCGCGAUCAGGAGCUGAAUGACCUUGUCGCGCUCGCGCGCGAUACGACGACGACGCUAAUCCUUGACGAGUUCUAUUCAUGGUAUAUCUACCCGGAGAAGGAGGAAGACUUCGGCAAGUCCAUCUCCUCAGCAGAAUUCAUCGACGACGUGAAUUCGGACCCCGUCGUCAUCGUCGACGGACUCACCAAGAACUGGCGCCUUCCCGGCUGGCGAAUCUGCUGGGUAAUGGGGCCAAGAAACCUCAUCACCGCUCUCUCGCAGUCCGGCUCGUUCCUCGAUGGAGGCGCCAACCAUCCUCUGCAGCUGGCGGCGAUCCCGCUACUUGACCCUGCGCGCGUGAAACUCGAGAAGCUCUCGCUGCAGCGGCACUUCAAGCACAAGCGGGACCACGUGCUCGCCCGGCUCAAGGAGAUGGAGCUGGAGGUGAAGGUACCCCCGCGUGCGACGUUCUACAUCUGGCUUGACCUGGGGGGUUUGCCUGCGCCGAUCAACAAUGGGCUGACGUUCUUCGAGGAGCUGCUGAAGGAGAAGACCAUCGUCAUUCCGGGUAUAUUCUUUGAUAUCAACCCUGCGCAUCGCCGCAACCUGUUCAAUUCGCCUUGUCACCACUUUGUGCGUCUGUCGUUUGGACCGCCGUUGGAGGAUCUGGACAAGGGUCUUGAUGCUAUCGCGCGUGUCGUGAAGGCAGCAAGGAAGGAGGGCGGUCCGCAGCACUUCGGGCAUAGCUACAAGAAGAGCAUAGACUCGCCGACGGCGCUUCAUCGCUUCGUUUGAGCGUGAAAUGAAGUUAUAGAGAACGCUGUACGUCUAUAUCUGGAAUUCUGAUACAUCUCAGAGCAUUAGAUAGUUUAGAAUGGUACGGGAUUCUUAUGAAAGCUCUGAAUGGGCAGCAGUUGUGUUGGUUGACUGCUUCCGAUAAGAUGCUAUUUGAUGCAUACAUGCGUGUGCAUUAGCGAUCGCAUAAAGGGUUGUGGCUCAAUUGGUGUUCGUGUGCUUUUAGGUCGUGCAGCAUACUAAUCAGUCUAGAGUCGUGGUUGACACUGCAGGCAUGAAGGCAUUUAUUCCCGC